GAUCAAAACCAACUGCACUUGGAGAAAUGAGUGCUUCAGCCUUAUGGACGUGCCUGGUUGCCAUUCUUCCCGGCAGAAAUGGAGGAGUUCCCCACAGAGAAACCCUUCUCCCCACCACCAUCAUGAACCCAUCUCCAUCAGCUGAGGUGGAAGUAAGGCUCAACCAUUGUUGCGCUCCAGCGAUUGCACAUGGGUUCAAGAGAAGGGAAGCAAUUGGAGUGGGAACGAUGGUGAUGAUGGGUAUUGGUGUUUUUGAUGCAUUCGGUGGAAGCCAACCAGCCGUGGCUGACGAAGAGCCGCCAUGCAUUCUAUAUACGGCGCCUUCUGGUCUCUCCUACUGCGACAAGGUGUUGGGGUAUGGUUCACCUGCCAGCAAAGGUCAGCUCAUUAAGGCUCACUAUGUUGGGAAGCUGGAGAGUGGCAAGGUGUUCGACAGUAGCUACAGCCGUGGAAGACCUCUUGUAUUUCGUGUGGGUGUUGGUGAGGUCAUCAGGGGAUGGGAUGCUGGUAUUUUAGGUGGCGAUGGGGUACCACCAAUGCUUGUAGGUGGAAAAAGAAUGUUGAAAAUUCCUCCACAACUUGGAUAUGGAAGUAGAGGUGCUGGGUGCAGAGGAGGUAUUUGUGCCAUACCUCCUGAUUCAGUUCUCUUGUUUGACGUGGAGUUUGUUGGAGUAGCUGCCUAGCACGAGCUUAAAGUGAGAUCCCUGGUUGUAUUUUACUUCAACUGGAGCUUCUAUUAAAUGAAAAAUUAUAAUUCGUGCCAA